CUCCAUGGCCAUGAUCCUGCUCUGCCAUGCCACGCUGCUCGUGUUCCGUGCGGCUCAAGGGCUCAGAGUCGACCCUGCGGACCUCAUCUCCCUCCCCAUCAUGGCUCAGGGUGUGGCGGUCUCUCUGCUCUCCAAGCUUCUCUUCCUCGCUCUAGUCUUCUUCUCCCUGCCCGCUGCCCGCCACUUGCUGAGCUGGCUCCCUGCAAUUGGUCCACCUCACACAGGCAGCACUCAAGAAGGCCACAGAAACACAGAAGACUCGU